AUGGCUUCGCUUUUGGACUUUGGAGUAUUGAAUUUUAUUUUAAUAUCAAUUAAGUAUCGGAAUCCUAUACGGUGCCGUGGUGUGCAACCUGGUAAAACACCUUACGAACUUUUGCCAGAGUCAAUAGAUAAAAAUGAUUCAAUUUUACACGGAAUAUUAUUCAAUAAAGAUACCGGAAAGCCAUAUAUAUUGCAGUUAACAGCACUUGAAGAUAAUACAUUUAGGCUUUUCAUAAAUGAAAAAGAACCUUUGAAGCCUCGGUACGAGGUGGAGCAUGCUUUGCAAGGAGCUCCGAGACACGCAAACUUGCAAUUAGUGGAGACUACAAGCGACCACGUGACCGUGAAAAGCGGCUCUAACAAAGUAAUACUUUAUUUCAGUCCAUUUAAAGUAGAUCUUUACUCCGACGAGCAGCUGGUAAUUUCCACAAAUGCGCGAGGUCUUAUGAGAUUCGAGCACUUGCGUACUAAGCCGGCUCCGAAGCCAGCAGACGCUGAAGCCGAAGAAGUGACUGAAGCUGAAGCACCUCAGUACCCUGGCGAUGGUGCUGAGAAUGACCCAGGAGCAUGGGAAGAAAACUUCAAGUCCUUCCACGACUCCAAACCGCGUGGACCUGAAGCUAUUGCCUUAGAUUUCAGUUUCCCAGACGCCGAGCAUGCUUACGGAAUUCCUCAACACGCCGAUUCAUUCGCUUUAAAGACAACCAAAGGCAUCGACCCCUACAGGCUGUACAAUUUGGACGUCUUCGAGUAUGAAGUCAACGAACGCAUGGCUCUUUACGGAGCGAUACCUGUCCUGUAUGCCCACGGUAAAAAACGUACGUCGGGAGUUUUCUGGCAUAACGCUGCAGAAACCUGGGUAGACAUUCAGUCCAGCGCUGACAGCAACGUCUUUGACAGUAUUGUCAACUUGGUGCCUGGUAAUACUAAGAAAGUCAGUGUAGACACUCAUUUCAUGUCUGAAUCAGGUGUAAUUGAUGUAUUCUUCCUCUUGGGACCAAAACCACUCGACGCAUUCCGUCAAUACACUGUUUUAACCGGAACCACUUCAUUGCCGCAGAUGUUUAGUUUAGGAUACCACCAAUCUCGCUGGAACUACAAUGACCAAGAUGACGUUGCCCAAAUAGCUGAGCAAUUCGACGCCAAUGACAUUCCCAUGGACGUGAUGUGGCUGGACAUUGAGUACACCGACAGCAAAAAAUACUUCACUUGGGACCCGAACAAGUUUUCCAACCCGACAAAAAUGAUCCAAGACCUCACAAACAAGCACAGAAAAUUGGUAGUCAUUAUCGACCCGCAUAUCAAGCGCGACAGUGGUUACUUUGUUCAUAGAGACGCCGAGGACAAUGGAUACUAUGUCAAGACAGCUGAGAACAAAGAUUACGAAGGUUGGUGCUGGCCUGGAUCUUCCUCGUACUUGGACUUCUUCAACCCAGUAGUCAGGGAUUACUUCAGACAGCAGUAUGACCUUGACAAGUUCCACGGUACUACCAAUGACGUUUACAUUUGGAAUGACAUGAACGAACCGAGUGUUUUCAACGGUCCUGAGGUGACAAUGCCCAAAGAUUUGAUGCAUUAUGGCAACUGGGAGCACCGAGAUGUGCAUAAUAUCAAUGGACUCAUGUUCACUCUCGUUACUUACGAAGCAUUGUACAAGCGCUCGGGUGGUACUCUGAGACCUUUUGUUCUAACAAGAUCCCACUUUGCUGGAUCGCAACGUUUCGCUGCUGUCUGGACUGGUGACAACACCGCUGAGUGGCAACACUUGCGUAUAAGCUACCCGAUGUGUUUGUCAACAGCAGUUGCUGGAAUGUCAUUCUGCGGAGCUGACGUUGGUGGGUUCUUUAAAAAUCCAGACGCUGAAUUGUUUAUCAGGUGGAACCAAGCUGGCGCCUGGCUGCCAUUCUUCCGUCAGCACUCUCACAUUGAAACCAAACGACGUGAGCCUUGGACAUUUAAUAAUGAGACUACUAAAAUAGUACGUGAUGCUAUUCGGAUGAGGUACUCUUACUUGCCCCUCUGGUACACGCUAUUCAGAGAGCAUGAGAUUAAUGGCAGCCCGGUUAUAAGACCAAUGUGGGUGCAUUAUCCUUCAGAAGUAAAAACUUUCUCAAUUGACGACCAAUUGCUUGUUGGUGAUUCUAUUCUAGUACAUCCUGUUUUCGAGCCAUCUGUUACUGAAGUUAAUGUUUACUUCCCGGGUGAAGGUAAAGAUGAUUGGUAUGACGUUGAGACUAUGGAGAACUACUCAACUCCGGGUAAUGUACGUAUACCCGUGACUCUUCACAACAUUCCGGUGUUCCAAAGAAGUGGAUCAAUUGUUCCACGUAAAAUGAGACUACGUCGUAGCACUGUGGCUAUGAAAAAUGAUCCCUACACCUUGUUCGUCAUCGCAGACAAGUCUGGAUCUGCUUCAGGAACUCUUUACAUUGAUGAUGAGUCCAGCUUUGAAUAUCGUCAUGGAAAAUACGUUUACCUGAAAUUGUCCUUUGAUGGAAAGACACUUUCUUCUAAGUACAUCAAUAAAUUGGCUAGUUUCUCAACAGCCAGUUGGUUGGAACGAGUUGACAUUGCUAAUCCUCCUCAGGGUGUUAAAUCAGCUAAUCUUAUUUCUGAAAGUACAAGAAAUGGUAGCUUAGAAUUGAAUUACAACUCCAAUAAUAAUGUUUUAAUAAUACGUAAACCCGGUGUGAAUAUGGGUGAAGACCGCAGCAGAGACCGCGAUCGACGUAGAAGAUCCAGAAGUCGUUCCAGAAGCAGAUCACCUCGUGACAGACGAGGAUGGGGUGGUGGCGGAGUGAGAGACCGAGGUAGCAAUCGAGGAGGUCGAAAUCAGCCAGGAGCGAGUCUGAGGAAGCCUCGCUGGGACCUGGGGCGUCUGGAGCCAUUCAAGAAAGAUUUUUACGUGCCUAGUGACACAGUAUUGAACCGCGACCUGCGUUACAUUGAGCAAUAUAGAAGCGAAAAGGAGAUAACCCUCCGGGGAAAAUGUAUACCCAAUCCAGUGUUUAGCUUUGAAGAGGCCGGAUUUCCGGAUUAUGUUAUGAAAGAGAUAAAACGUCAAGGCUUCAAAGAGCCUACGUCGAUCCAAGCACAAGGAUGGCCGAUCGCUCUGAGCGGACGUGACAUGGUUGGAAUAGCCUCAACUGGCUCCGGGAAAACUCUGUCGUACAUUUUACCGGCUAUUGUGCAUAUCAACAGCCAGCCGAAGCUUCUGCGUAAGGAUGGACCGAUUGCUCUGGUACUGGCUCCGACCAGAGAGCUUGCUCAACAAAUUCAACAGGUUGCGGAUGACUUUGGUCACACCUCUGGCAUAAGGAAUACUUGUUUGUACGGAGGAGCUCCGAAGAGUUCCCAGGCGAGAGAUUUAGACAGUGGAGUGGAAAUUGUCAUUGCUACUCCGGGAAGACUUCUCGAUUUUCUCGAGUCUGGUCGGACGAACCUUAAGAGGUGUACAUAUUUAGUGUUGGAUGAGGCUGAUCGUAUGUUGGACAUGGGGUUCGAACCGCAAAUAAGAAAAAUUAUUGAACAAAUUAGACCUGAUAGGCAGACACUCAUGUGGUCUGCUACUUGGCCAAAAGAGGUUAAAAAUUUAGCUGAAGAUUUUCUUAAGGACUACGCACAGAUUAAUGUUGGAUCGCUGCAAUUAGUAGAUGAAAUAACGAGAAAAAUGAAACGUGAAGGAUGGCCAGCUGUUUGCAUUCACGGUGAUAAAACUCAACAAGAACGUGAUUGGGUUUUACAAGAUUUUCGAUCUGGUAAGGCUCCAAUUCUUGUAGCAACUGACGUAGCUGCUCGUGGACUAGACGUUGAAGACGUGAAGUUUGUGAUAAACUUCGACUAUCCAUCUUGUUCAGAAGAUUAUGUUCAUCGUAUCGGUCGUACAGGCCGCCGUCAAAAAACCGGGACAGCUUAUACAUUUUUCACACCCAAUAACUCUAAUAAAGCCAAUGACCUAAUUCAAGUAUUAAAGGAGGCUAAUCAGGUUAUUAAUCCGAAAUUAUUAGAGCUUGUAGAUAGCCGGGCUGGAAUGUUUGGACGACAGAAAGGUGGUAGAAAUCGAUGGCGAGCCCGUGGUCCUCGGAGUGGAAAGGACCGAAGCUACUCUCGAAGUCGCAGCCGGAGUUUCAGUAAAGAACGGAGCAACGGACGAGGAAGAAGAAGUUACAGUCGCAGCUACUCAAGGAGCCGUAGCCCGGUGAAUAAUCGUUCAGGCAAGUCGUCGGCAAGUCCAACGGGUGAGGACACUUUUUCGACUCGGACUCUGUCAAUAAAACCUCCUCCGCUUCAUACCGCACCACCGCCUCCUCUUCCACCUCUUCCAACGACCUUACCUCCACCUAAUAUCUUACCACCUCUGCCUUCUGAGCCGGAAGAACGGUCAUCGGGAAGCACGAUUCUUCACCAUCAUCGGCAAAGUCCGAUGGUACCCCAUCUACUUCGCACGGGAGCAGCGAGCCUGCCGGGGCCAACCGUAGCCUCAAGCUAUCAUCAUCGUCUCGGUGAGGACGGAUCCUCACCUAACGUUAAUAUUUUAGCGUCGAUGCCUUCGCUACCCGGUCCCGGCGGCGGCGGCGGCGGCGGCUUGGGGGUUACCUACCCUAAUGGGAUUUCGCCCAGAGGUAACAGAGAGUAUGGCAACAGGGGUGUAGGCGGAGGAACUUAUUGGAACAGUCAACAACAAAAUCCAAAUAAAUUCAACAACAUGAACAACAAUCCCAACAAAAAACAACAGCAACAGCAAAACCAACAAAAUAACCAGAAGAAAGCCCCUGGUGAUUUGUUGAAAAAACCAGACUGGGACAUGGAAGCACUACCAGUGAUUACUAAAAAUCUUUACGUACCCCAUCCAAAUAUCAGAAGCCGUUCACCCGACGACGUUCACAAGUACCACGCUGGAAAAGAAAUUACUGUCAAGGGAAACAAUACUCCACUACCGAUCCAGGCUUUUGAAGAGAGUAAUUUUCCAGAUUAUGUAAUGCAAGAAAUUUGUAAGCAAGGAUUUCAAGAACCAACGGCCAUUCAAGCUCAGGGUUGGCCCAUUGCUCUCAGCGGUCGCGACAUGGUUGGUAUUGCUCAAACCGGAUCGGGAAAAACCUUAGCGUAUAUCCUCCCAGCAACGGUGCACAUCAAUCAUCAGCCGCGAUUAAAUCGUGGAGAAGGUCCGAUCGUCUUGGUGUUAGCUCCAACGCGUGAACUGGCUCAGCAGAUCCAAUCAGUAGCACGGGACUUUGGAUCCUCAUCAUGUAUUCGCAAUACUUGUAUAUUCGGUGGGUCUCCGAAAGGACCCCAAGCCCGGGAUCUCGAGCGUGGAGUUGAAAUCUGCAUCGCGACACCUGGACGUUUGAUUGAUUUCCUGGAGAAAGGCACAACCAACCUGAGAAGAUGUACUUACCUUGUAUUGGACGAGGCUGACCGUAUGUUGGACAUGGGAUUCGAGCCCCAGAUCCGCAAAAUAAUCGAACAAAUCAGGCCAGACAGACAAGUUCUGAUGUGGUCUGCAACUUGGCCGAAAGAAGUUCAGGCUCUUGCUGAAGAUUUCCUCUCUGAUUACAUUCAGAUUAAUAUUGGAUCUCUAACUCUUGCUGCAAAUCACAACAUCCGUCAGAUAAUUGAAAUUUGUCAAGAACACGAGAAAGAGUCUAAGCUAACGGGGUUACUGAGAGAAAUAGGCUGUGAGAGAGGAAACAAGACGAUAAUAUUCGUCGAGACAAAGAAGAAAGUUGAUGACAUUACAAAAGCGAUAAAGCGGGAAGGUUGGUCUGCGAUUGCUAUUCACGGUGAUAAAUCUCAGCCGGAACGUGAUUACGUUUUGUCUGAAUUCAGAAACGGCAAAACAGCAAUCCUAGUUGCGACUGACGUAGCAGCUCGUGGUCUUGAUGUUGAGGAUGUUAAGUACGUUGUCAACUUUGAUUACCCAAACAGUUCCGAGGAUUACAUCCACAGAAUUGGAAGAACAGGACGUUGUCAGAGCGCAGGUACAGCUUACGCGUACUUCACACCCAACAACGCCCGACAGGCCAAGGAAUUGAUAUCCGUGCUGGAGGAAGCUGGCCAGAUAAUCAACCCACAGCUGUCUGAGUUGGCAAGCGCGCAGCGUGGCCAAUUCGGCAAGAAUCGUCAACGGUGGAACCCUGCCAGGUCUUCACCAAACAGCAACCCCAACUCCAGCCCCAGAGGCAACGCCGGCAGUCCUACUGGCACUUGGUCCAACAACCAGCAGACAAACGGCCAGAACGGCGGACAACGAUACCAGCCUCGUUCAGCGUAUCAAAACAACCGCAGCAUGAAUCCUCAACGACAACAAGGCGCGUACGCUGGAAGUCAGAAUGGGCAGAAUGUCUACUCGAUGCCACCACCAUUCCUAAUGCCAUCUAAUGGUCACACUGAUUCGGGAAUACAGAGUCUAGUUAGUAACAAGUUCUUCCAGACAAACAGACCACCACCAACUGCCAACGCGUGUGCAUAUCAAUCAAUGGGAUACGGUCAGUUCCAAGCUGUUUCACCCUACGGAUAUCCUUACCCACCAACACCCGUUCAACAGACUUACAGUGGUGCAUCGUCUGGUGGUGGUGGUGGAUUCCGCAGUGGUGGAGCAGGAAAAGGCGGAGCUGCUCAGCGUAGCAGCGGACCGCCGCGCAAUGGCUUCGGCGGUGGCGGUGGAGGUGGUAAUAGGUUCGGCGGAGCACGAGGUGGAAACACUGGUGGCUCGAAUGGACGCUUUGGAAACCGUGGCAACUCAAACAACCCUAAAACUGCUGGCAACACCCUAAAAAAACCCAACUGGGAUUAUGAAAAUCUGAAACCUUUCAAGAAAGAUUUCUACGUCCCACAUUCAAACGUUUCCCAGCGAAACUACCGCGAAAUCGAUUCUUUCCGACAAGAAAAAGAAAUUACUCUUAAAGGAGAGGAAAUUCCAGACCCAAUCCAGUCUUUCGAUGAAGGAAACUUCCCGGAUUACGUAAUGGAGGGAAUUAAGAGACAAGGGUUCACCGAGCCGACGGCUAUUCAGUCCCAAGGUUGGCCCAUUGCAAUGUCCGGCCGCAACAUGGUCGGUAUUGCUCAAACAGGAUCCGGAAAGACGCUUGGGUACAUCUUGCCUGCUAUCGUUCACAUCAACAACCAGCAACCUCUGAACCGUGGAGACGGACCCAUCGCCCUGGUACUUGCACCCACCAGAGAAUUGGCUCAGCAGAUCCAAACAGUCGCCAAUGAUUUUGGAUCUCUGUCUUAUGUAAGGAACACAUGCAUUUUCGGGGGAGCUCCCAAGGGCAGCCAAGCUCGAGACCUGGAACGUGGUGUUGAGAUUGUUAUUGCCACACCUGGAAGGCUUAUUGAUUUCCUCGAACGCGGCACCACCAAUCUGCGCAGAUGCACGUACUUGGUACUCGAUGAGGCUGACCGUAUGUUGGACAUGGGAUUCGAACCACAAAUUAGAAAAAUUAUCGAGCAAAUCAGACCUGACAGACAAGUACUUAUGUGGUCUGCUACGUGGCCAAAGGAAGUCAGAAUGUUGGCUGAGGAAUAUCUCGUUGACUACACUCAAUUGAACAUUGGAUCUCUCUCGCUCUGUGCGAACCACAACAUUCUGCAAAUUGUUGAUGUAUGCCAAGAACAUGAAAAAGAAACAAAAUUAGGAUCUUUGCUCCAAGAAAUUGGUAAUGUUAAUGAUGACGGUGGAAAAACAAUUAUCUUCGUAGAAACUAAGAAAAAAGUUGAAAAUAUUACUAGAAACAUAAGAAGAUACGGCUGGCCUGCCGUGUGUAUGCACGGAGACAAAUCACAGCAAGAACGUGAUUAUGUUCUUAGAGAAUUCAGAAACAAGAAAGGUUCAAUUCUUGUAGCAACAGACGUUGCUGCUCGUGGACUCGAUGUCGAUGAUGUUAAGUAUGUAAUCAACUUCGACUAUCCUUCCUCGUCGGAGGAUUACAUCCAUAGAAUUGGAAGAACUGGACGGUCUCAAGCCACCGGAACGAGUUACGCUUUCUUUACGCCACAAAACAGUCGACAGGCUAAAGAUUUAAUAAACGUACUCAAAGAAGCUAACCAAGUCAUCAACCCCAAGCUGUCCGAGCUCGCCAGUAAAUCCGGAGGACAUGGAGGUCGUUGGGGCUACGGUGGAGGACGUGGAGGUGGACGGGAGAACAACUUUUCCGGAGUACACAAAAGAUUCGAAGACAGAAGCAACAACUACAACAACUACAGUUGA